AAUUGUAUAGUAUACAAAAUUUAAUAAAAGUAUCUUAAAUAUUUGUAUGGAUUCAAUAAUGCACAUAAGUGCGAUAUCAUAAACAUAUCUUUUAUGUUGUGUAUUCCUCAGACCUGUAUAAUAAUCUCUUGAUAAAUCAAGUUAAAUUGUUGAAUGAUUUACCACAAAUUCUAAAUAAUUUUAUUAUCUUACAUUAAAAAGAAAUAUAUAUGUAAAUUUUUAAUAUACACUAUUAAUUGUAUGUGCGUGAGUUUAGAAGUUAUUUUUUAAAAAUAUAUCUUUCAAAAAUAGAAUAUUGAUUUGUUUAAAAAAUUUGUAGCAAAAUUCAAGAAUGGUUGAUCGCUCUGAAACUUCAAAUGAAAAUUUAGAAGAUAUUACAAAAGCAUUAGAAGAUAUGGACAGUUUAGAUAUAAAAUUAUUUAAUGACACAUUUAAAAAUUCAAAUUCCAACAGUGUUCUCAAAGAUUUUAAUAUACAAUCUGAUGGUGAAAUUAAAAAAAAAGUUAUAUUUAAAGAUUCUAAUGAGGAUGAUUUAUUAACUGAUUUGUUAUCUGAUGAAGAAAUUUCUGUAAAAGAAGAAAAGAAUCUGUUUACAUCUAAUAUCAAAAGUAACUUGAUGGAAGAUCUUUUCAAAAUAAAAAAUCCAGUUACAUCUGCAAAUAUUAGACCAAAUAAUGAACUGGGGUUUCAUUUUGAGCAAGCAGAAGCUAAUCAGUUGUCUUCGCAGAAACUACCUGCUUACUCAAUUUCUGAAAAUAAUUUUGCUUCUCAAAAUGAAUCAAUCAAAGACAGAAACACACAAAAGUUGAAAAAUGUAUCUCGAAAUGAAGAAGAUAUUUUAACAAGCUUAAUUGAUAAAUCUGAUAUAAUAGAUAAAACAAGGAGACCAUCUUUAAGAGAGCAUUUAUUCGAAAAUCAAUCUAAUUUAUCAAAUGUUAUGGAUUCUAUCAUUCCUAAAAAUAAUAAGAAAAUAGAAUUAGAAACUAUGGCUCAGUCUACAAAUACUAUACAUGAAUCAAAAUUGGAUACUACUAAUGCAUCGACUAGAUCUUUUACGAAAGAAUCUCGUAGAGGUAGGAGAAAUACAAAAAUCGUGAAUGAUCCCCUUGGUUUGCUAUCAGCUGAUUUAUUGCUGGAUCAAAGUCCUGAAUUGGUAUCAAAUGGAAAUGUACCACCUAAGAAUUCUAUUAUACAAAAUACCAAAACAGAAAAAGAUUUACCAGAAUGGUUAGGUGGUUCAAGAAAAUUAGAAGAUAAAAAAUCAGAAAUAAGAAUGAGAGCAAUAGCUGAAAUUGAUAAAAUAGAUACUUCUAAACAAAAUGUUGAAAUUCACGAUGCAAACAGUACAAUAAAUUUGAAAACAUCUGGUGCAAAUGAUUUAGGAGAUGCAUCUAUUUUUCCAGAACAUUUUACACUGUUGUAUAGUACACAAUUAAACCAACAAAAUGCACUUGUAAAUAUACAACAACAAGAACAUGAAUUAAGAACAGCAGCAAUACUUUCCCAACAAAACGAACAAUUAAAUAAAAUAUCAAGUGCUCAACAUUCCAUGCUGCAUAAUCAAGAGGAACAAUUUAAUGCUCUUCUAAAAUUACAAUUUGAAAAACAACUUUUAUUGGAGAAACAAAUAAAAAUGCAGCAAGAACGUAUUAAUCAAUAUAUUAAUGUUUUGAUGACACAGCCAGGAUCAGUAUCAAGUACUACAUCAAUUUAUACAAGUUGCAAAUCGGAUUUAUGUGAAGAGGAAAAGAAGUUUGUAAAUGAAAUAAAAGAAAUGAAAGAUAUAAUAAAAAGACUGGAAGGAGAAAAAUCAAAAUUAGAGAAUAAAUUAUCUACCAUAGAUGAAAAAUACAAUAAUGAAAUAUUAUUUCAAGCAGAGUUUUAUGAAAGACAAAUUUCAUUUUUAAAGGAUUCAAUAACAAAAUCAGAAGAAAGAGUUAAACAGGAAAUAGAAUAUUUAGAAACAGAUUAUAUAACAAAAUUUGAAAAGUUAAGAGAUGAAAAAUUACAACUAGAAAAUCAGUGCAAAGAAGAAAUUCAUAAUCUGAAGGUUAAAUAUUUUAUUCCACUUAUUAUAUCUAACAAACAUGCUCAACACAUAGAAGAACUUUGUAAACUACAUUCUGAAAAUAUAACACUAUUGCAAAGGGAAUAUUAUAAUAUAAUAGAAAGUACAUCUAAAGCUAAGCAAAUAGAAGCUCAAAUGAUAGAAACUAUGACAACUCGGAAGACUGACAUAGAGGAUAUAUUAGAAAAAGCUAAUGUUAUUAUUGAGAGUAUGGUAGAAAAUAAAAAUAGAUUAGAGAUUAAACAUAAUGAAAUAAUGGAAUCUGAAGCAAACAUUUUAAAAUUACAGGAAGAUGACAUAAAAGCUCAAAAACAUGAAUUAAAAUAUCAAAAUAGUGUCUUAGAAGAACAUCGUAAUAAAUUUAUAAAAACAACAGAGAAAUUUGACGCUCAUCUUACACAACUCAUAACUGAACUUCAAAAACAAAGUACAUUAUAUACUCAAGCAACAGAAACACUUCAGAAAAAAACAACAAAUCUACUGCGAGAAAAAGAAUUAUUCGAAGAAAAAAUGAAGUGGGAACGAGACUAUAUGCAGGCAUUAAAAGAAGCCUGGGUAAAAGAACAAGAGAAACAAUUAAAAUUGCUUGCAGAAGAAAAAGAAGUAAUAGCAAUUGAAAAAACACACUUAGAAGUUUUAAAUAAAUUGAAAAGUAAUAGUGGUGAAACUAUUAAAGUAGAGUUGGAAACUGCUAUUAAAACUGCACAGGACGCAAAUGCAUCUGCUAGCCGAGAAAAAUUAAAAUGGGAAGAAAAAAUUAAUGAGCUUAAUGUUUAUAAGCAAAUUCUACAAGAUAAGGAAGAUUUACUCAUUUUACAUGCCAAAGAACUUGAAUAUCUUACGCAGUCGGCUUUAACUAAAAAGGAAGAAGGAGUAAAAGCUUUAAAAAAUGCAAAAUAUUUAGAAAAUCAGAAUAAAGAAAAAUUUAAUCAGCUACAAAUACAAAUUCAAGCAUUGAUGGAAAGAGAAAAAAAAGUUGCAACUGAAAGAUAUAAUGUUACAAAAGAUAAAAUUAAAGGAGUUUUAUCUACUUAUGAAACUGAAAGACCAGAAAGGGAUAUUUCACAUAAUUUUCAGAAUGAGAUAAUACCUUCCUCUGGAAUACAAUCGAAAUCUGAGAUCACUACAGAAUUAAUGAGUAUUGUAGAUCCAAAUUUAAUUAUGUUAAAAUUAAACAUUAAUGAUGACUUUAAAUCUAUUAAUAAAUACAUGUAAAGCUUUGAAUCGAUAUUUUAUAAAGAUUUUAAAAUCAUAAUUUAUACAAGAUUUUAA